AUGGAAGGCAAGAGGACAAAAGGCCGGCAAAAGAUUGAGAUGAAGAGGAUAGAGAACGGAGAUGAUCGCCUUAUUACUUUCUCCAAACGAAGAUCUGGGAUCAACAAAAAGGCUAGCGAGUUGGUAACCCUUUGCGGGGCUGAGGUCGGUGUUGUAGUUUUCUCACCGGCCGGUAAACCCUUCGUGUUUGGUCAUCCUUCUAUUGAGUCAGUGAUUGACCGCCUUUCGGAGAGAAACCAGCAGCCACAAGGUGAUAGUUCCCAUCCCCUUGUGGAGGCUCACCGGCGGGUGAGAAUCAACGAGCUUAACCAGCAGUACAAUGAGCUCGUCCAACAAGUAGAAGCGGAGAAGGCUCGGGGAAAGGCGCUGCAGAGGUUGACGAAGGCGAGGGGAAGCCGGCCGGGGUGGUGGGAGGCUCCGGUUGAGGAGCUUGGCGUGCAAGAGCUUUGCAAAAUGGUGCAGUCACUUGAAGAGCUCCACAAGAGUCUGUAUAACAAAAUCAUGGAGAAGAGAGUUGGAGCCUUUUCUUCUUCUUCUUCCCAGGGUUUCCAUCUGUUUGGGGCUGAUGCCAGUGGGAAUACUUCUUCUGCCUUUCCUCAUGGCUAUGAUCUUGGAAGGGUUCAUUUUUGA